AUGCUCCACGCCGCCGAGGCUAAGAGUCUGUGCCAAGUUGCUGAACACGCUUGCCAAGAGGAGGAGGUGAGUCGCACCUAUGUCGUGGCACAGGCCCAGGCCAUGACCGCCGGGAUCCACACACAAGCCAUCGGUGUCCUCAACAUCAAAGUGCUUGUUACCAUCAUUCUCGAUCUUGUGUCCUUGAACUACAGCAAGUGGCGCAACCUCUUCCUCAACACACUCGGCCGAUACGAUCUCUCCGAUCACGUCCUCACCGACGUCGAGGUUGACGCCGAUGAUGUCCACUGGCAUCGGAUAGACUACACCGUGCGGUCAUGGCUCUACGACACCAUCUCCACUGAGCUGCUCAAGGUCGUUAUGACACCCGUCUCCACCGCCUGCACCAUUUGGAUAGGCCUUGAAGAUCAACUCAUCGGCAACAAGGAGACGCGUGCUCUGCACCUUGACACUCAAUUUCAUACGUUUGUCCAAGGUGAUCUAUCAAUUUCAUAUUAUUGCCACAAGCUUAAAGGAAUGGCAGACGCACUGGGUGAUCUCGAUGAGCUAGUUCAAGACCGUACGCUCGUCUUGUCUGUUCUUCGUGGCCUCAACGACAAAUUUGCCAAUAUGGUAGCCCUCCUCAAGUGCCGAAAGCCAUUUCCAUCCUUCAUCAAUGUUUGCUCUGAUCUGCUACUAGAGAAACUCACCAUGGCGUCCAAGCUAGGCCCUUCAUCGACUGUCCUCAUCGCCACCGUGCCCUCGCUAUCGGCGGUAGCGGCACCUGUCAGGGCCUCAGCGCUAUCCACGAUGGUCCAACACCUCCUCCUGGCAACGGCCCCCAGGGUGCUCCAACACCAAUAA